AUGUUGUCGCACGACAACUCAACGACGUCCAGCUGGGAGUCAGUAGUGGAUGAGGGGGCGCAGCGUCACCAUCGAAACGCGUUAUGCCUUGAAGAAGGUAUCUACAAGAGCACGUACGAAGUUUGGAAAGAUGGCGAUAACAUGCGACUCGAGGAUGAAAAUCUCCUAGCAGCGUGCUCUGAGCCGUUCUCGAUCAAACCAGAACGCCAGACACAGUCCUCCAAGUUACUCGAUUUGCCCGCAGAAUUGCAAAAUGAGAUCCUCCACAGUGUGGACCGCAGCGACUUCAAAGCGUUAUUGCAAACAUGCGUAGCUCUGCGAGCCGCUGUCAUGCCGCUCAUCCUGGAACACGUUGUUAUGUCGGGUAACUCACCGCGAUUCCAAUUGGUCGUCGAUACUCUGGAAGCAACAAUUUCGAAAUCUAAAGAGGUGGCCAACAUCAUUCGCCACUUGCAACUCCCAGACGAUGAUACCAACUCUGAUAUACUGUCGAGACUUCUCCCGCUCACUACAAAGAUCAAAUCUCUGCAUUAUGGGUACGUCGUCCACGAAGGUCCGGCUGACAACGACGUUAUAGAUGCUCGACAUCUCAGCAGUAUGCUGGCUCCUAUACAACACACCCUUACCACUCUCAAGGUCACAUACGUGCUCGAUCUGAAUGAAUGUGACGCUGGAGGCCAGCCUUGCGUGGAAGGCUGGCUGCGCGUAAAGGACAUGCUUGCACUAAAGAAGCUCGAAACAACUUUCACCAUUCUCUUCGGUCCCUCCAAAAAGGGUAUCAGGCUCCAUUAUGACCCCCCUGCAUAUGCCGAGGGAGCACCUCGACUUUCCGAUGUCCUGCCGCCUGGACUUGUGGAACUGAGGAUCUUGUCGGAUCCGUGGGAGUACGAUCCCGCAGGAUGGAAUACCGAGCAGAGAGUUGAGGUCAUUAGUGAAUAUGUCUGCGACAGAAAUUGGGAGCAGUUCACACCAGAUCUCAGAUUGCUGAAUUACAACAUGGAUAGUUGGAGAGACGUCAAUUCAAUGGACAAAGAGAUAGUCGCUGCGCAAGAUGCGCUUGCAGAGCUGAUUCGCAAGAAUGGCUUGGAGUGGGCUCUCGAGCUGUCAUCAACUCCGCAGAUAACGAACCUCUUCUUUGUCGCACAGGACAGAUAUAUUGAACACGAAGAGCGAAAAAGAGCGAUGAAUCUUCAGGAUCGGAAUUUACAUUAG